UGAUUCACUCUUUUGACACUCAUGAUCUCAUUUCAGGAAGACCCCCCAGAAUCAGAUGAUUCUGACGAAGAAAUUCCACCGGGAGGCGUUCUGUUUCCCAUUGUCGCUAUUCAAGACAUUGAAUCUGGCGAGGAAGAAAAUGGCGCGGAAGACGGCAAUUCUUCCAUCGGAGAUAACGGACCUGAUAUUGAAGAUGCCCUCAGUGAGGCUGACAUUAGUGUGAAUGAUGAUUCAGAUACCGACAGUGACUCAAGUUCAGUGCCGGAGACCACCAUUGAAGAGGUCUUUGGUAUUAAACCUUCGCUCGAACUGCUAUCAGCUGCCACAUGGAUGGAGGAAAUCAUCAUAUAUCGCUAUAGUCGGGACACAGCUGAAGAAGUGACGAGAUUGUCCCAUCACGGACAAACCUGCCGCACCGUUUGUUACAGUGCUGACGGCAAAGUUCUUUACAGUGUUAGCAAAGACCAGUCCUUUGCCAUCGUGGACAUUCAGAACUCUUCCAUAAAGUCACAUUUCAAAGAAGCCCACGAAGCAAGUAUAUAUAGCUUUGUUGAAAUUGACGAAAAUAUAUGUGCCACAGGUGACGAUGACGGCGUUGUCAAGUUAUGGGACUUGAGAAAAAACAAAUCUAUUUUUAGUUACAAAUGUGGUGAACAAACUGUCCAUUCUCUCUUUGGAGACAAAAAGUAUGUGGCGGCAACUCUUUGCGAUGGUUCGCUGUCGGGCAUCAACAUACGAGCCAAACGUUUGGAGGCCCAGUCAGAAAUGUACGAAAGUGAAUUAACUGCAAUGGCUCUCGUUCGUGACGAUUCCCGCCUUGUGGUUGGGUCAGGAGAAGGAGUUUUAUUCAUCUUCAAAUGGGGAGAUUUUGGGUUCCACAUAGAUCGUUAUGCUGGCCAUCCUGGACAGAUUAACUGUAUCAUUCCAAUCAGCGAUCGGUUGUUGCUGACAGGAUGUGAAGAUGGAAACAUCAGAGCUGUGCACCUGUAUGCUCAUAGAUUUGUUGGUGUAGUUGGCCAGCACAAGAGGUUUGGAGUGGAGAACAUGUCAAUAUCGCAUGAUGGUAGCUUCCUGGCUUCUUGCGCCAUGGACGAUGUGAUAAGAUUCUGGAACAUAGAUUUUUUGUAUGAUGUUCAGGUGGAUGGAACAUUGAAAGGGCACAAGAAACAUGACACAAAGGGUUGAACCUUGAAUCUUCCAACGAAGAAAUCGCUCUGAUUUCUUCUCGGAUAUUCCUGAGAAGAUGGAGUCUGAUGAUGAGAUGAGGGCCCA